AUGGCGAAAUUUCAGGAGCCUAUUUGCAUUUCGCAGAUUCGCCGUCCAUCUUACCGGACGGGCUCCCGGCGUUUGCAUUCGGCGCGCCCCCCGUCUCCCCUCCGAACCAACAUCGCACAAACGGCGAGCCCGUUUGUGCAUCUUCGACGGGCCCUCAUUUACGCACUCGACGGGCACUCUCACACUCUGCGCCCCGCACUCUCACACUCUGCGCCCCGCACUCUCACACUCUGCGACGGGCCAAUUUCCACAGCAGCACCCCUCCUUUCCCCCAGUUACCACUCUUCUUGCCCGCUGUUUACCCACGGAUUGCCAGCAGUAGCCCCUCUCCUUUCCCCCACUUCGUCCCCUCCUUUCCCCCCCUGCUUCCCCUCCUUUCCCCCCCCUGCAUCCCCUCCUCUCUCCCCCCCGCUUCCCCUCCCUUCCCCUCUUGCUUCCCCUCCUUUCCGCUCUGCUUCCCCUCGGUUUCACCCCUCCUUCCCUUUUCCCCUCUCUUUCCCCUGCUUCCCCCCCCUGCAUUCCCUCCUUUUCCCCCCUGCUUCCCCUUGUUUUCCCCCACUGCCUUUGAAAGGCUCCAUUUUUGCCUUGGCUGCUGACCUGGUUGCCUCCCCUUUGCCUGCUAACCUUUUGAAGUCCCCCCUCCCCCCCCCCCUCCAACCUAACCCCAGGCUGCCGUCCACAUAA